UUUUAACAGUUAUCUUUCCUACUUUAAUCUAAACUAUAUCGUUUGUAUUUACUACAAAUAUACAUAUCACGUGUUACCUGUACGUGUGUUUAUUUGUUAUUCAGACGACAAUGUUAUUUUGGAACAGAAUGUUUUUCUCGUACAAAUAAAGAAUUGUUCCAAUAAAAUGCAAACUUUGUGACAAUGGGAGGCAAAGCAUCAAAAGAAGAACCAAAGGAAGAGGCAAAACCGCCGCCUGUAAAAGCACAGGUAAAAAAAGAAUUAAGGCCUACAGAUGGGGCUACAGGCGGACGGACUCUUCAACGUCCAAAUACAACAAUUGAUGAUGGGGCUAUCGGCGGACAGACUCUUCAACGUUCAAAUACAACAAUUGAUGAAGCAAAGAAAUCGAAAACAGCGGCAUGUUCUGACGAGGACUUAUUUACUAGAGAUGAUUUAUCUCUUGAUGACCUUAUCACGAAAAUGCGGCUGGAAAGAGAAAGUAAACAGGAUCGACCAUUUACAUCGUAUUCAAGAGGUUUUGGAACAAGACGCUCCCUUUUGAAGGCACGUUAUUCAAGUGAAAUGAAACACACCGUGGUCAAGUCGAAGAAAAGUAGUACGAUCCUUGUAGCCGCUAUAGACUUUGGUACUACAUACAGCGGUUAUGCUUACUCCUUUCGUGAAAACCCAAACAAAAUCUUUACAAACUAUUGGGAGAAAAGUGCUAUAAAGACUCCAACAGUUGUAUUAUUGGACGAUCACAAACAAUUUCAUUCAUUUGGCCAGGAAGCCAGAACAAAAUAUGAAGAACUCAUGAAAAAAGAGGAACAUCAAAAAUGGUAUCUGUUUGAGAGAUUCAAAAUGAAGUUGUUUGUACAAGAUGGUCCUCUCCAGAAGGAUAUGGAAAUUGAAGACAUCCUUGGUAAACCUAUGAAGGCAAUCACCAUUUUUUCUGAAGCUAUAAGAUAUAUAAGAAAACAUCUGCUUGGUGUUUUGGACGAUCCUAACAGAGAAGAACAGGUGCAAAUAGAGAAAGAGACGGACAUACACUGGGUGUUAACAGUGCCUGCAAUAUGGAACGAUUUAUCAAAGAAGUUUAUGAGAGAAGCAGCUAAAAACGCUGGUAUUCCUGAUGAAAUGCUUUCACUUGCGUUGGAGCCAGAAGCAGCGUCCGUUUUCUGCAAGAAUGAAUUAGGCAUUCAGAAAGUUCCUGUUGGCUGCAGAUAUUUAGUUCUAGAUCUUGGAGGUGGCACUGCGGACAUUACAUGCCAUGAAGUAAACAGCGAUGAAACGUUGAAAGAAUUGAUUCCGCCUACCGGAGGAGACUUUGGUGGAACAACAGUAGAUAAUAGAUUUCUACAAGUUCUUAGCAGCAUUUUUGGUGGUCCUUUAAUAAAGCGCUUCAAGACAAAAUAUACAAGUGAGUAUUGGGAACUUAUGUCUGACUUUGAACUGAAAAAACGUAAAAUUUUAUGGAAAAGCAAAAACUUCCAAAAGAACCCUUCCCGGGGCUGUGUUAGAGGAGCAAAUAAAAAGUAUGGCCACCACACUACAGCGAUUUCAUCAAGGAAAUGUACAUAUACGUAUGGUAUAGCUCGAAUGAUUAAGUUUGAACCCGGAAAACAUCCCGAUAAAAAGAAAGUAAACAUGGGCGACUUUACAUAUUGUGAUGACGCGUUUAACAAACAUAUAGAGGUCGGAACUGAAGUUCAUGUACAUUCAGCUGACACAGCCAAGGAACAUGAGUACUUUCCAUCAAGUGCUUACAUGAAACAAGCUGUAUUAGAGGUUUACAAAUCUCCAAAGAAGAAUCCGAUGUUUAUCGAUGAGGAAGGAAGCGAAUUUGUCGGAUUGAUUAAAGUUGAUAUAGAUCCAAAGGGAGACAUUUGGUCCAAACUUCUGGUAAAACUUAUCUUUGGAGGAACAGAGCUUAAAAUUCAAGUAAAAGAUGUGAAAAAUGGAACUAUAACAACAGAAGCUGUUGACUUUUUAGGAUAA